AUGUCUCCAUACGCUCAGCCAGAGAGAUUCGGAUUCAGCGCCGAGGGCAACUCCCCAAUCACUUCCUUUGAGUUUGAAGGAGUGGCCAAUCAAGUGUCCAUCAAUGAAAGAGAAGAUGAGCUCUUCUUCGGCCACCAGGACGGGAAUUUCCAACCAUUGGAUGCUACCUUCGACUUCGACCCAGUGGCAACAGGCAGACAGGUCUCAAACUCCAAAGUCGUAGAAAUCUCCAUCGACAACAAAGACGGAGUCGGAAAUGGAAAAGACUCGUAUACUUUGUAUCUGGGAGAUGGCUCUAGCUUCCCCAAGAAAAGUCAAUGGGCUUCGUUCGAACGCAUGUUCAACAACAACCAGAAAGCUAUUUUCAGCUCCUGUCAGCAACGCAAGAUGCCGAACGGUGCCGGGAAAGAGGUCGGCACAAUCUAUGAUUCUAUCCAGCAGGAAGCCAAGGAAACCAAGGUUGAUCAUCGCUUUGUACUUGCUACAAUAAUACAUGAUUCUGGAGGCUGUGUUCGAGUCCCAACAUCCAAUUUAGGUGUUUGCAAUCCUGGCUUAGUGCAAGAUCACGAUGGCAAAGCUACUUGCAACUCCGACAUUACGCACAAAGUCCUGGAUCCUUGCCCGAAUUGA